AUGGCUUACUACGAUGACUCUGCUGGGGACUCCCAGCCCUUUGGAAGACCUCCCAAAUCCUACGAAGGCAACAUUGUGGGACCGCGACGACCAAGACUGGUAACCGACUAUGGCUCUUCGCUGGUACAAUGGAUGCGCACACGACAGCCUCGGUACAAGGGGGGCCAUCGCAUGGAGGUUGAAAGACCCAGUGCGAGCUAUGUGAUCGAUAUGCUGCCACCAUUAGCACGAAUCCACAACCCCGCUGACACAAUUCCCGUCCGACACUUGCACCAAUCUAUUGGAAAGUCCAAGAAGCCGAUCACAGUUGUAAGAUGGACGCCCGAGGGAAGGCGUCUGUUGACGGGUGGGCACACCGGAGAAUUCAUGCUGUGGAACGGAACUGCGUUUAACUUCGAAACGGUCAUGGACGCGCAUUAUGACCAAUUACAAGCGGGCGUUACCUCGCUGGCGUGGUCUCACAGCCAUGACUGGCUGAUCUCGGGUGGGCAGAAGGGCGAUGUGAAGUAUUGGCGGCCCAAUUUCAACAACGUCGAGACGAUUGACGAUGCACACCACGAUGCCGUACGAGAUUUGGCGUGGUCUCCAAGCGACACCAAGUUCCUUUCGGCCUCCGACGAUACCACCCUCAAGAUCUUCGACUUCACCGCAAGGACUUGCGAUACUGUCCUGACAGGACACAAUUGGGACGUUAAGUCAUGCGAUUGGCACCCUACCAAAGGACUUCUUGUUUCCGGCUCCAAAGAUCACCAGGUCAAGUUCUGGGAUCCUCGAACGACAAGAUGUUUGACAACCCUUCAUAGCCACAAAAACACGGUCACAACGACACGCUUUUCGCGCGUCAAUAGCAAUCUGCUUGCCACUUCGUCGCGUGACCAGACGGCAAGAGUUUUUGACUUGCGAAUGAUGCGCGAUAUUUGCAUCUUGCGAGGUCAUGAAAAACCAAUCUCCUCUCUCACAUGGCAUCCCGUUCACAGUUCCCUCAUCUCCACGGGCAGCGAGGACGGCUCAUUGUAUCAUUACCUACUCGACGAGCCUAACCUGCCAUCUGGUCAAAUUCCUACGAUUGCUCCGUACGACAGCCCGGACCCCGCAAACACACCUGCACAAGUCAUAUACCCCGCUCAUCGGGUACAGUACGCACACGGGGCCACUAUCUGGUCACUCGAUUGGCACCCGCUUGGUCACAUUCUUGCCUCGGGUUCGAAGGAUAAUUUCACCCGGUUCUGGUCUCGGGCUAGGCCCGGAGAAACUAGUUACAUGAAAGACAGAUUCCAUAUCGGAGAAGAGGCGGCGGAGGCUCAAGGAACAUGGAGUCGCGGGUUUGGGAGACGACAGAUGCGUGAGGAGGAGGAGCAAGAGCUGCAGGAUGAGGCCGAGGGUCUGGUUGAUCAGAAGAAAACUUCUGGACCCCCCGGCCUACCCGGGAUCCAGGCGCAACCCGGCGGUGUACCUCUGCAGGAUGGUUUCGGUUCAUUAUUGCCAGGAAUCGGCGCUCCUCAACCUCUACCGCAGCCUGGCUAUCCUGCGUCGAUGCCUCCGAUGGACCCUAACCGUCUGGCACAAUAUCUAUCUAGCCAGCCACCGCCCCCGCCGAAUAACUACCCCCCAACGACAGGCUUCCCCGGCUUCCCCGGCUACCCGAUGCACCCAGCCAUGUCGGGGCCUCCACCAUCAAACGCCGACCUUGCGGAGCUUCAGAAGCAGCUUAUGUCCCAAGGUAUCCCCUUACCACCAAACUUCCCUCCACCGAACCAUGGCGGCAUGCCUGGAGGUCUACCCGGACUGGGUGGUGGAGGUGCCCCCGACAAUGGGUACGGAAGAUAGCUCUCCUGGAUUGCUGAAUAUAUGUUGUCCUAGAGUUCUGCCACCAUAUAUGUUGGUGAUUCGCCAUGUGACAUGCACACAUGUUAGGUAAUGCCUUAGCCUGUAGUCCUCCAGGAACAGGCUGUACUCCGAUACAUCUUUAGGCAUAAAUUGCAUGCCUUGAACCCUGGCCUGCAAGGGGACCGGGCAUGUCUGUACUUGAAUGAGCAUCAUGAAUGGAUCUUGACCUUCGAUCUGUUCUCUUCAUAGACCACCUGGCAUCGGGAAACUCGAUAGAAUGAGGACCAGAACAUUAAUACC